AUGUCUGUGUGGAAGAGAUCCGGUGAGCUUUUGAGGACGGAGCUCUGGUCUUGCUCUUCCCUCAGUCCGGAGCCGCCUGGGUGCAAGCCGAGCUUCUCUCACAUUCGAGUGAGUCUUCCCCCGGCUAGGCCGAAUCCUCCGCCAAAACCGCCAGAUCCACCGGAUCUCUGGCCGUUUCUUCUGUUUGUUUCUUCUCUUGCUCACCUUCACGCUCUUAGUCAUCUUCCGCCUCCGCCUCCGCCUCCAACUAGUUUGUGCGUUCUUCCUCUGCCCUAUCCUAAGCACAAGUCGAUAGUGUUAGUACUAGUUUUCUCAGGCACGGAGUUAGAGGUAGCCGGCUGCCAUGGUUGUUUCAAAUCUCACUUCUCCGGCGACAAUCCUCCUCCGACUGCCUCGACCAUUUCAGGCUUUCCAGUGACAAUACGAAGAACCGUUUCUUCUCUUUCGGCCAGACCGACAUCCAAGAUCCAACACCGCGGUUCGCCGGCAUUCAUGUCUCACUGGCCGCUGUCUACAACACCACUUUUCCUCUACCGCCUCUGUUCUCAUGUCCGGAGAAUCUCCGUCGACCAUCCACCUCCCUCCUCUCUGUCUGUGAUGGGCCGUACAAGAUCAUUUAUGCUUUUGGGCUUUGGGAACCCAAUAAGACUAGCCAUCACUGUUGCUGUUUCUGUUCGACAGAGUUGCGCUUCUGGCCAAAGAUCUUUCAACAUUCUGAAUUCAUACACCGAAGCCUUCUACCAAUAG